GCAGCGCCGCGGCCCGGCCCGGAACACGGGCAAGUUCGCCGAGAGUUGAGGCGAAGUUUGGGCGGCCGCGGCCGGCCCCGGCCGAACUCCCCGCUGCGCCCCCGGCGUCCCGCAGUGCCCAGCCCCGCCGGGGGCGCCCCUCGCCGCCCGCGCGCACCUCCCCAGCCAUGUCGUCCAUCCUGCCUUUCACCCCCCCGAUCGUGAAGCGCCUGCUGGGCUGGAAGAAGGGCGAGCAGAACGGGCAGGAGGAGAAGUGGUGCGAGAAGGCGGUCAAGAGUUUGGUCAAGAAGCUCAAGAAGACGGGGCAGCUGGACGAGCUGGAGAAGGCCAUCACCACGCAGAACGUCAACACCAAGUGCAUCACCAUCCCCAGGUCCCUGGACGGCCGGCUGCAGGUGUCCCACCGAAAGGGGCUCCCCCAUGUCAUCUACUGCCGCCUGUGGCGAUGGCCCGACCUGCACAGUCACCACGAGCUGCGGGCCAUGGAGCUGUGUGAGUUUGCCUUUAACAUGAAGAAGGACGAGGUCUGCGUGACCUACCACUAUCAGAGGGUGGAGACCCCAGUUCUACCUCCCGUGUUGGUGCCACGCCACACAGAGAUCCCGGCCGUUCCCCCGCUGGACGACUACAGCCAUUCCAUCCCUGAAAACACUAACUUCCCCGCGGGCAUCGAGCCCCAGAGCAAUAUUCCAGAAACCCCACCCCCGGGCUACCUGAGUGAAGAUGGAGAGACCAGUGACCACCAGAUGAACCACAGCAUGGAUGCAGGUUCUCCAAACCUCUCCCCGAAUCCGAUGUCCCCGGCACACAAUAACUUGGACCUGCAGCCCGUGACCUACUGCGAGCCGGCCUUCUGGUGCUCCAUCUCCUACUAUGAGCUGAACCAGCGCGUCGGGGAGACAUUCCACGCCUCGCAGCCGUCCAUGACGGUGGACGGCUUCACCGACCCCUCGAACUCGGAGCGCUUCUGCCUGGGGCUGCUCUCCAACGUCAACAGGAACGCGGCGGUGGAGCUGACGCGGAGACACAUCGGGCGAGGUGUGCGACUGUACUACAUCGGAGGGGAGGUCUUCGCAGAGUGCCUUAGCGACAGUGCCAUCUUUGUCCAGUCUCCCAACUGUAACCAGCGCUACGGCUGGCAUCCAGCCACCGUCUGCAAGAUCCCACCAGGAUGCAACCUGAAGAUCUUCAACAACCAAGAGUUUGCCGCCCUCCUGGCUCAGUCCGUCAACCAGGGCUUCGAGGCCGUGUACCAGCUGACGCGCAUGUGCACUAUCCGCAUGAGCUUCGUCAAGGGCUGGGGCGCCGAGUACAGGAGACAGACGGUGACCAGCACCCCCUGCUGGAUCGAGCUGCACCUGAAUGGGCCUCUGCAGUGGCUGGACAAGGUCCUCACCCAGAUGGGCUCCCCAAGCAUCCGCUGUUCCAGUGUGUCUUAGAGACAGUGGGUGUGAAGGGGGCGGGAGGGGAGGGCGGGCUUGGGGGAAACGGCCAGGUAGGAGGUGGAGAAACCAGAACUCGACUCACUGUUGUCAAGGAAGAAGAAAUUUUUCUCCCUCAACCAAAGUGGCACCAGCCUGUUUUCCAAAACACAAAAACAAACCCAGAGAGGGGUUUUUAUGAACAGCUGUGUCUGCUGAAUACAUUCGCUCUUCGGCCCCAGUUUGAAGGGCAAGAAAUGGCUUCUGCUCUGGUCGCUGGAGCACAGACAGGUAGCAUUUCCCCACCUGCCCCCUCCGCCAGCCCCCUUCUUUUUUAAUGAAAGCAAACUGGGGUGUCACUGUCCAACAGGAAAUGGCCCUCUGUUCAGGACCAGCAGAGCACGGAAGUCACCCUGGGUGUUCUAGGGAGGGAGGGAGACGCCUGCAGAGGCAUGAGCACACCUCAGACCCAGCCCCCCUCUUCACCGAGCGUUCCAGAACCCCCGGCAGCAGCAGACCGAAUACCCUGGGGGCUGGAUCGACUUGGCCAGGGAGGGGGCUUGUCUGUCCCCACCCCUCAGAGCACACCGAGUGGUGUGGCGCGAGCGAGCGUGUUACGGACGGACGGGCACAUACAGAUGGUGGGAAAAGGUGGCAAGGCAACUCUUCUUUAAAAAUGCUCUUAGAGUUGUCCUCACGUGCAGCAGUUGGAAGGCUCUGUUGAGGCUCAGUACAUAUGCAAUGUAUAGUUUAUACCAUCACGUUACUCUCAAAGAUAUUUGACUGGCGUGGAGUACUUACACAAAGCAAGAGGCAGUGUCCGUGAGGGCGUUCGGCUGAAGGCAGCACUACGGUGUGUGGGGUCUUGAGUCCCCUGUAAGCGCUCACUCCGUAUUCUCAUGCAUUCGGCUAUCCUGGUGGAUGUCGUCACUUGCAUUAAUUAAAUUAACUUGAUCGUAUGCUCUUUACAACGUUUGUUUUCUAUUAAAUGGCAACCCAAGCAACCCUGGGUUGGCACGCUGACUGGGAAACCAGAGCGGGCGCCCAGCAACUUCUCUCCCAGCGUGAAGCUUCUCCGGGCUUUGUUGAGAAGACACCUGCCAGCACUUUUGGAAGCUGAAAUGAACAGAAGCAAAUUCACCAGGAGGGAAAAAUCUCAGGCCAACAUAGGCAAGUGAAAGGGCUAUUAAAAAAAAUUUUUUUUUUACACCUUUGAAAAUUGCAGGCUUGGUGCAAAGAGGUCUGUCAUCUUUCCCCGGGGACAUGAAAUUAUCUGGCUCACGGUAGAGGCUCAUCAGAGACAACCGUGGCAGUUAUCUGGUGUCAUAAGUACUGCUCCCAGUGGCAAUUAGUGAGAAAACGAUUAUAAAUUAUUUCAACUGGAAAAAAAAAAAAGGAGCCCUCUUUACUGGCCUUUUGCAGAACACAGCA